UGACCAUCCACAGCAGCACCUGAAAUGAGAUCAUCUCAUUCCUGGGAGCUCUGAUUUCUUUACAGUAAACAAAACGCUUCUGAAAUCUUUCUCUACUUAGCAUAUUUCUCACACAUUCACUCUUGUCUGUCUUCCAGUCUCAUCUACACAUUAUUCUCCUUUCUAGGUCUGAGUGACAGUACAGAUUUAUUUAUUUAUUUGUCACAAAGCAACGUCACGUCGGGAGGGAGAUGAGCGAAUUUCGCAGUAAGAAAAGUUUUGAUUCUGUCUCGAAGGCUGGAAAAAAAAAAAAAAAAAAAAAACUUUUCAACGCACAUUCAUAAGUCCCUGAGAUUUAUCCUCAGAGAUAUCCGAAAAUGCUGCGCUUCACGCCUACCUGUACUAGCAGCUGCAUGAAGGAGAACACUUGGUUAGAAUACUGGAUUGUGACGAAAACAAAGAAACAUAGCAGGCUACACUUUUAAUUUAACAUAAGAAGAGUAUCGCACUUUAAUUUCCUUGUUGAGGUUUUUGGCUCUUUAGGUUGACUGCAGUUCCUGCCCGAGGUCUGGCUUCUUUCCAUCCACCCUAAGUCUCUCGGAUCCCGGCUGCAAGAUUGAAAUCGCUGCGCUUUUGGAGUUUGGGAGUUUUGACUCAGGACGCGUGCGUUUAUCACCUUCAGUACCGCUCCUUUCUGUGUCCUUUUGGUCUCCUACAUGGUUGUAAUUGUAGUGUCUGGAAGAUGUUAAUUUAUUUCCCCGCUGGUCCCUGCUUCGUGGAGAGACUUUAUCGAAGUUACCGAACUCGCAACUGCUCACUAAGGUGCUUUUGAACCGCAGUUGCUAGAACUACCCAGACGAUUUCGGGAGCGCCGAAUCCUCCUGAGCCACACCACACAACAGUGCACAGGACGCCACUUUUAAGACGAUACAAGAGGUCCCAUCUGUUUGAAUUGCAGCCCAUUAUAUAGGGUUUUUUUUUUUUUUUUGUCGGCAUUUAAGCGUUAAGGACAGGAUGCUGCCCCUCUCCAGAACCCAACUUGCGCUUUUUUUCAUUCUUUUGUGUCCAGUUAACAUCAUCGGACUUUGGUGGGCAGUGGGCAGCCCUCUGGUAAUGGACCCCAACAGCAUCUGCAGGAAGACGAAACGCUUGGCUGGGAAACAGGCUGAACUGUGCCAGACUGAACCAGAGAUAGUCAGUGAGGUGGUGAAGGGGGCAAAGCUGGGGGUUCGGGAGUGCCAGUUCCAGCUUAGAUUUAGAAGAUGGAACUGCACCAGUCACAACAAAUACUUUGGAAAAGUACUACAGCAAGAUAUCCGGGAGACUGCUUUUGUCUAUGCAAUUACGUCUGCUGGAGUGACACACACAGUGACGCAAGCAUGCAGUAUGGGGGAACUUUUACAAUGUGGCUGUGAGGCAAAACGGAGUCGGGCUCCUCCUCUCCCUACAGCCAGACCUGGGACUGAUGGCUCUAAAUGGGAGUGGGGAGGCUGUGGGGAUGAUGUGGAGUUUGGGUAUGAAAAAUCCAAGCAAUUCAUGGACGCAAAAAGGAAAAAGGGAAAAAGUGACAUCAGAACUUUGAUUGAUCUUCACAAUAAUGAAGCCGGCCGACUGGCUGUGAAGAAUUAUAUGAGAACUGAAUGUAAAUGUCACGGGCUGUCUGGUUCUUGCACUCUCAGAACUUGCUGGAAAAAGAUGCCUCAUUUUCGUGAGGUGGGUGAUCGCCUCCUGGAAAGAUUUAACGGAGCUUCUCAGGUGAUGGGAGGCAAUGAUGGCAAAACCCUCAUCCCCGUGGGGCAAAAUAUCAAACCACCAGACAAGCAAGAUCUCAUCUAUUCAGCAGAAUCUCCAGACUUUUGUUUGCCAAACAGAAAGACUGGCUCCCUGGGCACCAGGGGGAGGAUGUGUAACAGCACAGCCAUGGACAUCAGCGGAUGUGACUUGCUUUGCUGUGAUCGGGGCUACAGGGAUGAGACUGUGGUCUUUGAAGAGAACUGCUUGUGCAGAUUUCAUUGGUGCUGCGUAGUGCAGUGCAAACAAUGUUCCGUCAGAAAGGAAUUGAGCUUGUGCUUAUAAUACUCUGACCAGAAUUACGGUGAUUAAAAGAAUGGGACUUUCAGACCCCAAUAAGAAAGGUUUUUUUAAAACCACUCAUAAACAAGUGAGAAAAACUGAAUAUGGACCCCUUUAUAAAGUUAUGGAGAAGGGAAGCUGCUUAUGUGCUACAUAUUAGGUAAUACUGAAAAAUUAUAUUUACCUUCAAGGCAACAAAAUAAUAAUACUCCCCGAGUGGCCAGAUUGUGGGUGUAAAGAAAGUUUUUUGUUUGUUUGUUUGUUUGUUUUUAAUAAGUUUCUUUUUUAAUAUUUGCAAGCUGAAUGAGAUUUAAAAAAAAAGAAGAAAAAUUUAAACAACAUAUGCAAUGUUGUAAAUUAAUCUUCUAAGAGUUGUAAAAAAUAUGUAACACUGUUCUAUUUAUAACAAUUUAAACAUAUAGCCACACAUAUUGAGAACAUGUCUGAUGUUUCCCUUGUGUUUUAAAGCACUUUGUAUAAGGAACAUUUUUUUGUUUUGUUUUGUUUUGUUUUUUUUUGUAAGUGUUUAAUCUAUGAAUCCAAGACGAAAUAAAAAAUGUCUUGGUGUAAUAAGUUAACAAAUUAAGAAAUUAACAAAAGGACUGCAUCAUACAGCAUAUGCUACCUUUUAUUUCUUUUGAGAAAAUGUUAUCAUAUAUACAUACUGUGUUGUACAUGUGUAUAUUUAUGCUAGUACAUUAUGUAUGGGGUUUAUGAUGCACUUUGAUAACAUAUUCAAAUAGAAUUAUUUGUGUUUUACUACAUAAUAUUACAAUUUUGGAAAACAUGAUUGUGCCUUUAUUUGAACUCUCCCCUAAAAUAAUAAAUACACAUAAUAAUAAU